UAUGCUUGAAACUUUUGUUUGUACGAGACGAUUUUGUGCAAAUUUUCAACCAAGAAAGGAUUGAUUGACGACGUUGGUAUAACCGAUACAUAUAUGCGAGAAAAUCAGGCGUAAAAUAGGAAAAUGAAGCUUUUUUCAAGUAUUUUCACGAUUUCAAGGCGUAUGGGUAUUGCUGUUCAUCCCCCCCCGGGACUAUCCAUAAUUCUAGUUCCGGUUUGAGAUUUCGGGGUGGACGGUAAACAUGGACAUUGACAACGAUAGUACAGAAGGUGUGGAGAAUAUUCAAAAUGUAAACGCUUUUAACGAUCAGAUGCCUUUGUAUCCUGACGAUUACUACGAGAAAAAAACGAGAUGUAAGAAGAUAAUAUUUUUUGGAAUAGUGGGAAUAAUGGUUGCGAUAACCAUUAUCAUAUCCCUGAGUCGGGGAGCUUCAACACACGUUUCUUAUGUGUUGUUAGGAUUUAGCAUUUUCUGUAUAACACUUGUGGAAAUUGCUCUUUGGUGGCUGCAUCGAGGGAAACAACUUGAUAAUGAAAAAGAAUGGUUCAUUUAUUUUGUUGGAGUUUGCAUUAUCAUAGAGGCAAUUUUCACAGAUGUUUUGCUGUUUGAUAAAAGUGGAUAAUGGUUUCAUGUGGUAUCCUUAGUUUUCAUUAAUAAAACACUCAGUUUUUCUCAGAAUUUUUGAACAUACAGAAGUUGAUAAAUACUGUCUAUCUUCUGAGGCUAGUUGUAUGAAGUCUGGAUGUGUCUAUCCAGCAGAGAGUACUUUUUUCAUCAUUAGAAAGUAAUAAGAUUGUUGACAUUAAUGACUCAAAAGUAAAUAAAGAGAAACACUACUUCAAGAAUAGGAAAUUUCAAUUCAAAUUGUACCAAUUAAAACACAGGUAAUUUUAGAGUGAUGGAAAAACCAGUAUUUGUACAAUUGGCUCCUAGCAUGUUUCAAUAGUUUCUCUCAAAAUUUUAGAAGAUAAAAGUUCUAUUGCAGCUUUUAGUGUUAGGCUCCCAGGGUUUUGAACAAGCAAUGUGUGAACAUAUUAAGUCAGGUGUGGUGGACUUGAAAGUACAAGGGAAGUAGGGAUUAGGUGACGAGUUUCACCAACUGUUUUACACAUUGUGAUAAUGAUUGCUGAUGUAGGUCGUUCCAUCCAUGAUAGUAACAAUAUUUCUUAUUGUUAUUGUAGAUUAUAACCAGAAUAAUUUUAUACAAAUUCAUGAAUAGAAAAUUAAUUUACAAAUGUAUACAAAUAGAAAAAUUAGU